AGUAUGGCACGGGCACCCGUGGGGGGAGGCAGCGGAAAGCCCCUGGGGAUACUGCGCUUAGGCGGGAAGGGGGUGGUUAAGGCCGUGCUCCUCAGGCCACGGCUUUGCGGUGGACACCGAGCUCCCCCACUAGGUAGGGCAGGGCCGAGCAGAGUAAAGCGCCCUCGGCGGCCGGGACGGGAGGGGAGUGGCGCCGCCGGAGGUGGGAUCCCGGAGCUGCCCCUGCUUCGGCACCGCCUCCUUCGCCCCUACACAGUCCUGCUGGCCCUUCCGCUCUCUCCUGGCCGGUUCCAGCUGGGACUCGGCAGUUGUCAUUGGCUUAACGGCCUCAUCCGGGUAAUUGGCGUAGCGCUGUUGCUCAGCCUGAUCGUCCCAAUAUGGCGGAGGCUUCCUUUGGGAGUUCGAGCCCAGUUGGCUCUUUAUCAUCUGAGGAUCAUGACUUUGACCCUUCUGCUGAAAUGCUAGUACAUGAUUACGAUGAUGAGCGAACUCUUGAAGAAGAGGAAAUGAUGGAAGAAAGCAAAAAUUUCAGCUCUGAAAUUGAAGAUUUAGAAAAGGAAGGAAACAUGCCAUUGGAAGACUUAUUGGCAUUCUAUGGCUAUGAAACCACGAUUCCAGUUAUGGCAGGUUCUAGCACAGAUAGCUCUCCAAGUGAGCUUGCAGAUGAACUUCCAGAUAUGACUCUAGAUAAAGAGGAAAUAGCUAAAGACCUCUUGUCAGGUGAUGAUGAAGAAACACAGUCCUCUGCAGAUGACUUGACACCAUCGGUUACUUCACAUGAGGCUACAGACUUCUUUCCUCGGCCAUUAAGAUGUAGGAAAACUAAUUUUAUAACAGUACUUGAAACAGUCCUGACAUUAUAUACAACAUCCUAGCCUAAAAUAUCAAAAUUGCAGAGUACUGCUGACUUUUCUGGGAGUUGAGAAACAGUGCUUUGGGGGGGUAUUGAACAUGAAUGUUGUCUUUGGUUGUUAUUAAUAAUUACUUGAAAGACCUUGUUGUGGUUUAACCUCACAGGCAGCUAAGCACCACAAAGUUG